AUGUUAAGAUCAUUCAUUUCUAAAAGAUCUUUUUCGAUCUCAUUUCGUAACCUCUCCCCUACUUCGAAAAGUCAUGAUAUAGUCAUCAUCGGUGGUGGUCCCGGUGGUUAUGUCGCUGCUAUUAAGGCUGCCCAAUUGGGGUUUGACACGGCAUGUAUAGAGAAAAGAGGUAAAUUAGGUGGUACAUGUUUAAACGUCGGUUGUAUCCCUUCAAAAGCACUCUUAAAUAAUUCUUUAAUGUAUCAUCAAAUGCAACAUGAUUCCAAACAAAGAGGGAUCGAUAUUGAAGGACAAGUUAAAUUAAACAUUGAUACAUUCCAAAAGGCUAAGGAUAAAGUCGUUAACCAAUUGACUGGUGGUGUGGAAAUGUUAUUCAAGAAAAAUAAAGUCACUUAUUAUAAAGGGAAUGGAUCUUUCGAAAAUGAAAAUGUAGUCAAAGUUAGUCCCGUGGAGGGAUUGGAAGGUUCUGUAAAAGAAGAUGUUUUACUUGACGCUAAAAAUAUUAUUAUUGCUACUGGUUCAGAAGUAACUCCAUUCCCAGGUAUUACUAUUGAUGAAGAAAGAAUUGUAUCUUCUACGGGAGCUUUAUCGUUGAAGGAAAUUCCAAAAAGAUUAGCCAUUAUUGGAGGUGGUAUCAUAGGUUUAGAAAUGGGUUCUGUUUAUAAUAGAUUAGGGUCAAAAACGACAGUUCUUGAAUUCCAAGAUCAAAUUGGUGCCUCCAUGGAUGGUGAAGUGGCCAGCUCAAUUCAAAAAAUACUAAAGAAACAAGGUAUGGAUUUCAAAUUAAGUACCAAAGUCAUUUCUGCAGAAAGAAAAGGUGAUGUAGUCGAUAUCGUUGUCGAAAAAUCGGGUAAAAAGGAAACAAUUCAAGCUGAUGUAUUAUUAGUAGCAGUAGGCAGAAGACCGUACAUCGAAGGUCUAAAUGCUGAAAAAUUAGGCCUAGAUGUCGAUAAGAAGGGACGUCUAGUGAUUGAUGACCAAUUCAACACUAAAUUUCCUCAUAUUAAAGUCAUUGGUGACGUCACUUUCGGUCCAAUGUUAGCUCAUAAGGCUGAAGAAGAAGGUAUUGCUGCAGCAGAAAUAUUUAAGACUGGCCAUGGACAUGUUAAUUACAAUAAUAUUCCAUCAGUCAUGUAUUCUCAUCCUGAAGUAGCAUGGGUUGGUAAGACAGAAGAACAAUUGAAAGCAGAUGGUAUUAAAUAUAAAAUUGGUAAAUUCCCAUUUAUUGCCAAUUCAAGAGCUAAGACAAACAUGGAUACAGAAGGUUUUGUAAAGAUUAUUAUUGAUGCUGAAACUGAACGUCUGUUAGGUGCCCACAUCAUUGGUCCAAAUGCAGGUGAAAUGAUUGCUGAAGCUGGUCUUGCACUAGAAUAUGGUGCAUCUGCUGAAGACAUCGCAAGAGUGUGCCAUGCUCAUCCUACCUUAUCGGAAGCAUUCAAAGAAGCAAAUUUAGCAGCUUACUCUAAGCCAAUUAACUUUUAA